GGUCGCCCCGCGCCCCCCUUGUUUUCGUAUUACGCCACCCGCCGCGUGCGAGCCAUGUAGCUGCUGCGCUGCACCCUCUCCUCCUUUUCCUUUUUCUUUUCUCCUCUUCCUCCCCCGCCAGCUCGCUCUCUCCCUGCGUGCCUGCGUGCGUGCGAGAGCACCAGCAGCAGAUUCCGCUUCCAAUUCCGCAGCUGCACCCCCUCCAUUGGCUCGCCGUCGCCGCGACCUUGACUACCCCGCCUCCUCACCUCCUAUUCUACUACUCCCCCUCCCCUCCACGGGCCGCGCCAUCGGGGCCUGACAACGACAGCCUACCAGCACAGGCACAGCGGAGGACGACGACAAAGCGCUCCCCAGCGACAAGUAUCCCGGCACCACUUCGCUGCCGCCCGGCGCUCGAGCUCCACACGCACGGCCGCAGCGGCAGCACGAGCAGGAGGGGAGAGCGUUAGCCGCUAGCUGCUUGAUUCGGUCAACUCCGGGGCGGCGCCCGCGGCAGGAUCAAGGCCAAUGGGGCGGGACCGGAGGCCGUGGCCCGCCGCGGCGGCGGCCGCCGCGGUUCUGCUCGUCGUCUCCUGCGUCGCCGCGGCGGCGCCGCCGCAGCGGCAGCAGCACGAGCGCGCAAGGAUCUCAGGGGCCGCCGGCGGCGUGCUUGACGACAACCCGGUGGGGAAGCUGAAGGUGUUCGUGUACGAGAUGCCUCGCAAGUACAACCUGAUGCUGCUGGCCAAGGACAGCCGGUGCCUGCACCACAUGUUCGCCGCCGAGAUCUUCAUGCACCAGUUCUUGCUGAACAGCGCGGUGCGUACGCUGGACCCCGAGGAGGCCGACUGGUUCUACACCCCCGCGUACACCACCUGCGACCUCACGCCGCAGGGGUUCCCCCUCCCGUUCCGGGCGCCGCGGAUCAUGCGCAGCGCCAUCAAGUACGUCGCCACGACGUGGCCCUACUGGAACAGGACCGAGGGCGCCGACCACUUCUUCCUCACGCCCCACGACUUCGGCGCAUGCUUCCACUACCAGGAGGAGAGGGCGAUGGAGAGGGGCAUCCUGCCGCUGCUCCGGCGCGCGACGCUGGUGCAGACGUUCGGGCAGCGGAACCACGUGUGCCUGCAGGACGGGUCCAUCACCAUCCCGCCCUACGCCAACCCGCACAAGAUGCAGGCGCACCUGAUCAACCCCGGCACGCCGCGCUCCAUCUUCGUCUACUUCCGCGGCCUCUUCUACGACAUGGGCAACGACCCCGAGGGCGGCUACUACGCCAGGGGCGCGCGCGCGUCGGUGUGGGAGAACUUCAAGGACAACCCGCUGUUCGACAUCUCGACGGAGCACCCGUCGACGUACUACGAGGACAUGCAGCGCGCCAUCUUCUGCCUGUGCCCGCUGGGUUGGGCGCCAUGGAGCCCCCGGCUGGUGGAGGCGGUGGUGUUCGGCUGCAUCCCGGUGAUCAUCGCCGACGACAUCGUGCUGCCGUUCGCGGACGCCAUCCCCUGGGAGGAGAUCAGCGUGUUCGUGGCGGAGCGCGACGUGCCGCGGCUCGACAACAUCCUCACCUCCAUCCCGCUGGAGGACAUCCUCCGGAAGCAGCGGCUGCUCGCCGGCGCGUCCGUGAAGCAGGCGCUGCUCUUCCACCAGCCCGCCAGGCCCGGGGACGCCUUCGACCAGAUACUCAACGGGCUGGCGCGCAAGCUGCCGCACGGCAAGGGCGUGUUCCUGGAGCCCGGGGAGAAGGUGCUGGACUGGGACGCCGGGCUCGAGAACGACCUCAAGCCGUGGUAGACGACACAGAGCCGUUUGCGUUUGUUGCGUCUGCAUUUGUUCAUGUUCUUUUUUGUUUUCUUUUACAUCGAUCCAUGGAUGGAUGGAUCACGCAUUAGUUUUUGCACGACCAGUUUACAUGCAGCAGCAAUAUAGAGCGAGAUUUGUCAGGAGGUACGAGAGGCAGCCUUGUGUGAUUUAGAUUUAGUGGUCACUGCAUCGAUGGUUGCAAUGUGAUUUAGUGUUUGUAAAUCGAGCUAACUAAAGUUCCAGGACUAAAGUUUAGUCCAUGUCACAUUAAA